GAUUUAUAAGUUGGUCUAUAUCACAUACGAGUUACGUUUUCAAAGAAAGCGUCUCUUAAUUUUUAUUUACAGAUAAUCAUUGGAAGCUAUUGAUUGAAAUAUUAUCACGACAAACUGUUAACAGAAGAUCAAUAUUAUCUAAGGAUGGCUGAAGAUUUGGAUGUUGAAGCAAUGCUAGAGGCUCCUUAUAAUAAAUCGGAUAACACUUCCUCUUCAAAGCAUCGGUCGGACAAGUAUUCUGAUAAGCACAGAGACAAAGAAAAAGAGUCCAGUAGAAGGAGAAGUCGAUCGAGAGACCGAAGAAGAUCACGCGAUAGAGAUUCGCGACGUUCUAGGGAUAGAGAUGAUAAAGAUAAAAAAGACAGGGAUCGCGACAGGGAUAGAGAUCGCCGUGACCGUGGUGAUCGUGGUGACCGUGAAAAGGACCGCAGCAACAGAGACAAAGAUCGUGACAAGGACAGAGAACGCGACAGGGAUAAAGAAAAAAGACGUAGUAGUAAGGACAAAGAGCGCAGUCGUGAACGAGAACGAAGUCGAGACAGCCGUUCACACAGAAAGGAACAUAGUCACGAAAAGGAAAGGACUGAAUAUAGAUCAAAGUCAAGAGGAGUAGAACCAAAACUGGAUGACUUGCCUCCUGAAGAGAGAGAUUUACGCACAGUUUUUUGCAUGCAGUUGUCUCAGCGUAUCAGAGCUAAAGACUUAGAGGAAUUUUUCUCGUCUGUGGGUAAAGUGAGAGAUGUAAGACUAAUUACAUGUAACAAAACCAGAAGAUUUAAAGGAAUAGCUUAUAUAGAAUUUAAAGAUGCUGAAUCUGUACCAUUAGCUCUUGGAUUGACAGGACAGAAAUUGUUAGGUGUUCCUAUAAUUGUCCAACAUACUCAAGCUGAAAAAAAUAGAGUAGGAAACACGUUGCCAAAUUUAGCACCAAAGACAAGUAAUGGACCCACUAGAUUAUAUGUUGGAUCGUUACAUUUUAACAUCACUGAAGAUAUGCUAAGAGGCAUAUUUGAACCUUUUGGUAAAAUAGAUCACAUUCAACUCAUGACUGACCCAGACACAGGGAAAAGUAAAGGUUAUGGUUUCCUAACAUUUCAUCAUGCAGCUGAUGCUAAGAAAGCUAUGGAACAGCUAAAUGGGUUUGAAUUAGCAGGCAGACCCAUGAAAGUAGGUAAUGUAACAGAGAGAACAGAUGGAGGAUCAAGCACACGCUUUGAUGCUGAUGAAUUGGACCGUGCUGGUGUUGACCUUGGUGCAACCGGCCGCCUUCAACUUAUGUUUAAAUUGGCUGAAGGCACUGGACUACAGAUACCACCAGCUGCAGCAUCAGUCCUUAUGGGCGCAGGGUCAACUUUAGUUGCUCCACAACCACAAGUAGCCCCACCAAUAGCCACUCAGUGCUUCAUGCUCAAUAAUAUGUUUGAUCCAGCUACUGAAACAAAUCCAAGUUGGGAUAUUGAAAUUCGAGAUGACGUCAUCAGUGAAUGUAAUAAACACGGAGGUGUACUACAUGUAUAUGUUGACAAAGCUUCACCCCAAGGAAAUGUGUACUGCAAGUGUCCUACUAUAGCGACAGCCGUAGCUUCUGUAAACUCUCUACAUGGGCGCUGGUUUGCAGGCCGUGUUAUCACUGCAGCAUAUGUACCUCUUGUCAAUUACCACUCCUUGUUCCCUGACGCAAUGACAGCGCUCACACUGCUUCUACCAUCUCGACAACGAUAAAAUACGUACAACUAUAGCAUUACUUGCAAAGCAAUUUAUUAUAAUAAGGACUAUUAAGUUUAUACUAGGAUAUCUAGUGGUGUUCUGUAUUUUAGAUAUAAUAAACACAUUGUAAGAA